GCGAACGAUGUAUCAUCGAUAACGCUUCAGUUUAUCGCCAUACGACGGAACGAGAUGUUUGACGAUCGAAACCACUGGCCAAAAUGUCGGAACAGGUUCAGCAAACUUUUACCGCUGUUGCUACUAACGGUGGCAAGUACGGUGGAAACGCGUACCUUCAGCAUCGAUUACGAUAACGAUACCUUCCUGAAGGAUGGCAAGCCGUUUCAGUACGUAGCCGGUUCGUUUCACUACUUCCGGGCCUUACCGCAAAGCUGGCAGUCCAUUCUGCAAUCGAUGCGUGCUGCGGGACUCAACGCAAUCACUACUUACGUAGAAUGGUCGCUGCAUAACCCAAAGGACGAGGUGUACAACUGGGAUGGAAUGGCCGACAUUGAACACUUCAUACAAUUGGCCGCCGAGGAGGAUCUGUACGUCAUUUUGCGCCCUGGUCCGUACAUCUGUGCGGAACGUGAUAUGGGAGGUUUGCCGGCCUGGUUGCUGCACAAGUAUCCCGACAUUCAACUGCGGACCAACGAUAUCCGCUACCUUCGUGAGAUAAGAUCGUGGUAUGCGCAACUUUUCUCGCGCUUACAACGGUUUCUGUACGGCCAGGGUGGUCCGAUCAUCAUGGUGCAGGUGGAAAACGAGUAUGGGUCGUUCUUUGCCUGCGAUCACAAGUACUUAAACUGGUUGCGCGACGAAACGGAUCGUUACGUUAAUGGAAACGCAGUGCUCUUCACCAACAACGGACCGGGGCUGGAGCAGUGUGGUGCCAUAGAACAUGUGCUCAGCUCACUAGACUUUGGGGCUGGAACCGAGGAAGAAAUCAAUGGCUAUUGGGCACAGCUGAGGAAAACGCAACCAAAAGGGCCACUGGUAAACGCGGAAUACUAUCCGGGCUGGUUGACCCAUUGGCAAGAGACACACAUGGCCCGUGCAGACAUUAAAACAGUCGUCGACAGCUUGGACUUUAUGCUGCGAAACAAAGUCAAUGUUAACAUUUAUAUGUUUUUCGGUGGGACUAAUUAUGGCUUCACGGCUGGGGCAGACAGUCAAGGAUCUGGUGGCUAUGUCGCGGUUGUAACGUCUUACGAUUACGAUGCCCCGUUGUCCGAAAGCGGUGAUCCCACUGACAAAUAUUUUGCCAUUCGUGACACCAUUCUCAAGUACUUUCCAACACCCAACGUUACUGUUCCAUCAAGGGGACCUAAGAUGGAGCUUCCACCGUUAGCCAUGUGCCCUGUGGGUAGUAUAUUGGAACCGGAAGCUCUGGGGCGUCUCGCCACGGUAACUGUAACCAACAAGGUACCAAUGUCGUUCGAGGAAUUGGACCAAGUGUCGGGCCUUGUACUGUACGAAGCACUCAUACCGGAAGACAUCAAAACCGAUCCGUACAAACUGACCGUGGAAGGAGUGCACGAUCGUGGAUACGUAUUCGUCGACGACAAAUUCAUUGGCGUACUAUCCAGGGAAAACUUAGUCAACUCUCUGCCAAUAAGCUUAGACAUGGGACGAACGCUUCGGGUGAUGGUGGAAAACCAGGGACGCAUUAAUUUUGCCAUACCAAACGAUUUCAAAGGAAUUGUCGGUGAGGUUUACAUCAAUACGAAGCAAAUUUUCAACUGGACCAUGUAUGGAAUUCCACUGGAAGAUUCUCGGACCGUAAAGCAAAUGAUUUUUGACCAGCAGAAGAAGGAAUCGAAGCAGUUGAAUAGAAAUGACAUGUUCAGCAAUAGUGGCGAGCAGGGUGUCCAGCCCAUGACUUUGUACUAUACAACGUUUGAUAUAGCCUCUGAGAUCGACGACACCUAUCUCAACCCAACCGGAUGGGGUAAAGGACUAAUUUUCAUCAAUGGCGUCAACGUCGGAAGGUAUUGGCCCGUUGUAGGACCGCAGGUAACACUGUACGUUUCAAAGAACAUUUUAAAAGCAAAGGGCAACGUUCUAGCGCUCCUAGAGUAUCAAAAGCAAUCCGCAACCAUUCCGACAGUAAACUUUACUUCCACUCCUAUAUUCAAUUGACUCCAGCCAUCUGUUUAAUUAUGUUCGUAAAUGUUUAAUGUUUUUAAUAAGAAAUUUUUUUCAAAUAAAAAUUUGUAAUCCAUCAAGCAUCACUAUAACCUCACACCGUGGCAUAGAAAAGAUAUGAAACUAAACUGCGGCAUAUCCUAUCUUAUCAGGUUUGACCCGGUUUCAAUAGAAAUAAAUCAUCAUUCGUGGUCGAUCAUAGUGCAAGUACUUAUCACGAGCAGAACCACUGAAACGUAAGAAUUUCAAAGGUGCUCUUAAGUUUUCUAUACCAAUACUUUUAAGCUACACAGACCGAAAAGGAAAAUCCGGAAAGAAUACAAAGGUGCCUCAAUCGGUUCUACCUUCCGCCUUAACCACGUGCCUCUCUGAGCGCCACUUUCAAACAAAGCGAACUCGAAAACACGGCCCAAUGGACGUGUUGCGACGGCAAAACAUGACCCGAAGUACCAUACUUAGUAUAACCGCCUGCCGAUUGAAUGAAAAUUAAAUGUAGAACGCCUGCAAACUGAGGUCCCAUCGGUGACGAUCGUGUUGGUCCCGCGCACUUUUAAUCGUGGCGCGAACAGCGAAGCAACGGCACAGCAAGACAAUUCACGCCAGUUUCGAUUAGACUCGCGGGUGAUAAGUUCGGUUAGUUAGCCGCGGUUAGGACUUUCGAGUGAGGCUUAGUGUACGAAAGCACAUCCCACAGUUUGCUCGAGUGUCGUUGGUCUUGUUGAUUGACGGCUAAUAGUAGAGCACUACCAGGCAACAGCACGACAAGUCGACCCACUAUAAAACAUCGGCCAUUCGAUCGGACACCCUCGCGGUAGAUGUUUCUGAUUUGAAUGUCCAGUAAAGUUUUUAAUAACCGAUGGAAAGCCACAUGACAUCGUAACUAACAAACGAGGAAAUUUA